AUGGACGGCCCAUCCUCGUCCACAGCAGCCGGCGGCCUACCCGAGGAGAUCUACCGUCAGAUCCGGGCCGUUGACCAGGCCUCGUCCACACUCACCAGGGGCGCCCUACUCGGAUUGUCGGCCCGAAUACUGGAUCGAUCCGAAUUCCGAGCCCCACAAACCGGCGAGGUGUUCGUCGUCCAGCUCGUCGAGGUCAUCAAGAAGCCCGGCCAGUCGCUGGGGCUGUUUUUGAGAGAGGGCAAUGGGAUCGACCGGAGCUCGGGCGUCUUCGUCAGCCGGCUGGCGGACAACUCGGAGUUGGCAAAAGCCGAAGACCUCGUACGUUCCGGCGAUGAGGUGCUGAGCAUCAACAAUGUCGAGGUGUCGACCAUGUUGAUAGAUGACGUUGUUUUGAUACUCAGCAUCCCGAGGAGACUGCUGUUGAGGAUAAAGUUCAACAAAAAUCGUAGAGAACGAGGCGCUUCCUCUAGGCAACCGGCCGAUCGGCCUGUUGUGGAAAUGCAGCGCAGCGGCAUCGGGACCUACGGCGGGAUGAACGCCAAUAAUGAUCCGCAUUCCCCUUAUGGAGCAAGAUAUCCACCAGGCUCCCACUCCCAACAAAUGACGCCCCGCCAGAAUAUGCCAGUCAAUGGCGACUUGCCUGGACGUUCCUCGCAAAGACCCCCUGGAUACGGUAUCGAGAACGGCGCGCGUGAUUCCUUCGAAAAUCUGCUCAACCUCGAUGAGGAGAACAGACAGCUUCGGAACGCAGCCGAUGAAUACUCCCGUGAGCCGUUAAUGCGUGCUGGCGGGAUGUCACCGACGAUGAGCCGAUUGGCCAGGCAGCCCCUUGCUACUAGCACCUACGACACGAGGAGCAACAGCUUGCCGAGGAGGAGAGCGGUCUCGGGCCCGCGGAACGUCAAAUGGCGACCCGACGUUGUGGCCGACCUCGGCGAGGAGUCCGACGGCGCGACGUCUGCUCCGGAAUUUGGCGGCUACUCGACGAGAUACUCGAAUCCUCUGCGACUGGCGAAUGGAGGCGUCGGGCGGACUGUAAAUGACCUAUUCUCCGGUGGUGAACAUCGACAUUGGGCCGAUUUGAGACAGUCGCAACUCCAAAACGCGUACCCGAACCCGCAGAUCUUCCCCGGGCAGAACUACCAGAACAUACAGCUGACGACGCCUGGAUGGUCCCAACCGGCCGACCUUCGUGGCGGCACCCGCUCUUGCUCCCUUCCUAGCAGGAGCCUGGUCGCCAGUUCGUUGGUCGGAAGCCCGCAACCGAUGCGACGAGAACCGAAUCCAUUGGAUAGGUUGAUCCUAGAAGGGCGAGGCCUGAAAAUCCCGGACAAGCAGCGAGCCGUCACCGAGGAGAUGUACUGCGUCUUGGAGGUGGACGAGUGCCAUCGGGCGCGAACCGGCGUCUCGACCAGCGAGCAGCGCUACAGAUGGAAGGAGACGUUCCACAUUGACGUCUUCAACGCCACGACCACCCACUUUUUCAUCUACAGCUGGCACCCGCAGUUUAGGCAUAAACUCUGCCAUAAAGGGUCAUUGAAACUGCUCGAAGCAUUCGUCGUGGAUCAGCUCAACGGAGAUCGGAUUUUCGCGUUGUCGCUGGAGCCGAGGGGGCAGUUGAUUGUUCGAAUCGUGUGCGGAUCCUUGGAAAAGAAGCGGAUGCUGCGAGACGAGCUCGAGUGUUCGCCACUUGGCACGGACUUGAGCAUCGACGCUGUGCCGGACACGAACGUGCUGGCAUGUCUCAUAAAGGAUUUCCUCCGUGAGAUGCCGGAACCACUGGUUCCGCUCCAGAUCCACUCCAUGCUUCUCGAUGCCGCGGCAGUGAUGAGACCAAACGACGUGCAGGAUACCCGGAAUUUGGUGUUGUCUGUAGUCGACUGCCUGCCCUCGGCGAAUAAGCCCUCCUACAACGCGGGCGGCGUCAUCAAGGAGCAAGUGCGGCCCCUCGACGUCGCCCAGGCGUGCAGCACCCUGCAGCUGCUCUUCGACAUGUGGCCAAGCAGAGUCAGCCCGAACCAUAAACUU